AUGGCGAUCAUGACGACGACGACAUUCUUCCAUCCUCUACUUCCUUCUAACACUUACAAAUCCGGAGCUGUAUCUUCUUCCUUUGUCUCACUUCCUCGUUCCCAGUUCCCUUCUUCUUCUUCCUCUCUCCAAUUUCGCUCGCUUGUUUCCGAUUCGUCGUCGAUUUGUGGUCGGAAUAAGUUCACCGGAAAAUUCAGAAGAGUAUCCGUUACCGUCUCCGCCGCCGCAACUACUGAACCUCUCACCGUUCUCGUUACCGGUGCCGGUGGAAGAACAGGGCAAAUUGUGUACAAGAAAUUGAAAGAGAGGUCUGAUCAGUUUGUGGCAAGAGGUUUAGUGAGAACAAAAGAGAGCAAAGAGAAGAUCGGUGGAGAAGACGAAGUAUUCAUUGGAGAUAUUCGAGAUUCUGAAGCUAUUGCUCCUGCUGUUCAAGGAAUUGAUGCUUUGGUCAUUCUCACGAGUGCAGUGCCUCAAAUGAAACCUGGUUUUGAUCCUAGCAAAGGAGGAAGACCUGAGUUCUACUUUGAAGAUGGAGCUUAUCCUGAACAGGUUGAUUGGAUUGGUCAGAAGAAUCAAAUAGAUGCUGCCAAGGCUGCAGGAGUUAAGCAGAUUGUUUUGGUCGGGUCGAUGGGAGGAACGAACAUUAAUCACCCCUUGAAUAGUAUUGGCAAUGCCAACAUUCUGGUUUGGAAGAGGAAGGCUGAGCAGUACUUGGCUGAUUCCGGUAUUCCGUACACCAUCAUUAGGGCGGGUGGUCUGCAGGACAAGGAAGGUGGCAUCCGAGAAUUACUUGUAGGAAAAGAUGACGAGCUUCUCGAGACAGAAACAAGAACAAUCGCAAGGGCUGAUGUUGCAGAAGUCUGUGUUCAGGCGUUGCAGCUUGAGGAAGCAAAAUUCAAAGCACUUGACCUGGCCUCAAAGCCCGAGGGAACAGGGACCCCAACAAAGGAUUUCAAGGCGCUUUUCUCUCAAGUAACCACUCGGUUCUGA